CGAAACCGAAAUCCUUGAAUUCUCGUUCUAACAAAAAGAAGCAGAAAGAUCUCCUUUUUCAGUCUAUUCUUUCAAACAGUUUCGAUAUGCAUUCUUGUUCUUAUUGCGACAGUUGAGGCCUGCAAUCGUAUAUCGUUUCUUCUCACGAUUCAUCCCGUUGCUCGGAGUGCGUUUCCCAGAAUCGCGCUAAGUGUAACGUUCUGGAGCUGAUGAAUGCUGCCGAACUCCUUCUUACUUCUAUUCAGCAUCGAAAGCUGGAGGAUGAGAUAGAAGAGUUGGAGUUAAAGUUGCUUUGACUGCAUUAACAAAAGAAGAUGUAGCGUAAGAGGAUGUCUCGGGCUAUUCGUCGGGGUUUCAAGAAUCUCGAAGAGCUUGAGAAAGAGGAGGCUGAGGAGGCUGAGGCUGAGAGGGUUCGUAUUGCUGCUGAAGUGCAGGCUGUGGUGGCUGAGGAAUCUGCUGUUAUAGUUGGAGAUUCUUCUUUUGAGGGUUUUGACUGGAAUUCUGUGAAUCUGAGGAAUUCUGUGG